AUUAGUUAGAGUGGUAGAUUGAGAGAGAUGAGAUGAGAAAAGAAUGAUACGGAAGGGAGUGAGAAGCAAAAGGGUGGUGGGGAGGUAGACGAAGUGAGAAAAAAUAGGUUAAGGCAGAGACGGAAACAGGAGUCUGAAUGUUGAUGCGUCUGUGUACAUGGUGCUCUGACUGAAGCAAUGAUUCUGGCAUCCCCUGGGUCACUAACCUAUUUUAUGUGCUACCUUUUAGGUUUGUGACAACGAGAUGAAGACUAUAAGGUAAGCACCUUUUCCUCUCUGACUGCACAAAGCCCACACAGCUCCACCAUUUAUCUCUCUUUCUCUCUCCCUUCCCAUCUCCUCUGUCCCCCUCCUCCCUUCUUUUUUACUUUCACCCCCUCCUCCAUUUCUAGCUCUCUUUUCGCUCUCCCAUUCUGAGCUGUUCAGGGUUUCUCUAGGCUUAGCAGAGCUAAGUAAGCCAGCUUGGAUAGCACAGGGCUUUUUUUUUUUUACCUUAGCCUCGGCAGAGCUAAGACAAGGAGUACAGUAGGGGUUGGAUCUCUCCGUGUCUCCCCCAGCUGUUCAGGAUGAAGCUGUGUGGUAGCGGAAGGAUCAACACAGGUAGACAAGUCAUUCAUUCUUCAGGGCACACAACUUAGCUGAGCCCAGUGUGAAAUACACCCCAAGUCACUCCUUGUGGCGAAUCCACAUUACACAUGAGAAGUUGUGAACACAGACAAACAAUGAAAAAAAUAUAUAUCGGCAAAACCUCCCUAAAAGUCCCCAGAAAUGGUGGUAAACAUCAAAAAAAGAGUUCUUUGCAGGAGCAGAAGGAGGAUUUGCGAAAGCGGCUGUCCUAUACCACCCACAAGCUUGAGCUACUGGAAAGUGAGUUUGACUCCACACGCCAGUAUCUGGAGACAGAGCUCCGCAGGGCCCAGGAAGAGCUUGAAAAGUUUACAGAAAAACUACGCAGAAUACAAAGCAGCUACUCAGCACUACAGAGGAUCAAUCAAGAUCUGGAGGAGAAGAAUCACAGAAAUUUGCAACACCAUGACGACGAGAAGCGAGCCCUUAGCAGAGAGGUUAUUGUCCUUAAUAACCACUUGACGGAGGCCAAGCUGACCAUAGAGAAACUGCAGGAAGACAAUGAUCUUUAUAGAAAGGAUUGCAACCUGGCUGCUCAGCUCCUCCAGUGCAACAAGUCACACUAUAGAACCCAGUUGUCUGAGCUGCCUGCUGAAUUCCAGGAGCGUGUUACCAUGCACAUGGAAGGAACUCCUCUCUGCCACACCCCCUACUCAGACUCUGUCCCUGCGUCUGUCAUUGCCAAGGUUCUAGAGAAACCGAAUGAUACAUGCAGCAGUCAAGCUUCCAACUCACCUAGCCCCCAACCCCAGGACCAAGGCUUUCUUCUAGAUACCAUUAGCAGUGGUGAACCCUUAGGCCUUCAGGUGGCCUACAAGUCAGACUUGCACAGUAGUGACACAGCCCUAUACUGCCCUGAUGAUCGACACCGUGAGCGCAGGCCCAGCAUGGACCUCCAUGGCCAAAGAAAGUUAUUUUACGGACCCCAGAACUCUACAGACAGUAAUCCAGAAGAGAGCUCCAUAGGAAUGAGGCCCAGCUUCUCCCAGGACCAUUAUGCUAAGUUUCCUGCCUCCAGCUCCUAUUCUAGUUUCAGUGGAGGUGGGUCUGAAGACAAGGGCAAUGGUCCCCCUAGCAGCACAGCAUCCUCCCCCCACCACCAUUCCCUCUACAUGGACUGGAGAGACGGUGGAGACUAUGAAAGGAAGAGUGACUCAUCCUGGGAGAGAGACAGUCCUGGUGGUUUCAGCAAGACCCACAGCUUCAAGCAAGCAGAGAUGAGCCACCGCCAGAAUGACAGCUCACCUGUUUACAGCCGCACCAUGUCCUCUUGCUUCAGUGAGCCCUAUGAGCCCCUGCCACCGUCUUCCUCGCCCAGUGUCGCCUAUGGAGACAGUCGUCGUGGCAGCAUGCUGGCCCCUGAGGAGGAGGAGCUCAUUGGGCGCUGGAGGCAACUGAGUGUGGAGGACCUGAGUGCCCACUACCGCAGCCCUGGCCGUGCCUCACCUUACAGUUUCUCUGAACAACAUUUCUCAGUGCGACCAGCCAAAAUUCGCCUGGGGCCCAUUUACAGCAGUUUUCAAGAGGGGGCUGACUACUACCACCACACUGGAGCCGCCAUGGACCCAGUCUGCUUCUCUAACCCCAGCCGAGAAUGCAGCCUAGGGCUGCACCAGUCCCACAGCCCAGCCCACCUGUACCAUGCUAAGGAGGACAGUCAGGAGUCUGAGACCAGCAUAUACCACUCAGGCAGCUCCAAGGACACAGAGGGUAGUAUGGCAGCCGGGGGGCAGACAAAAGAGUAUGUGGACAUCAGCCUCAAUAGCUCCACAGAAUCCUUAUCCCAGAGAUGUCUGGAGAUGGCAGCCGACCAUCACUACCAGGCCGAGAUGCAUAGUUCACCACCCCAGAAGCACCCUCCACUGCCCCCACCUUCACCCCCUCCCCCUCAGUAUAAAAAAUUUGGCACCUUGGGACUUUCUCGAAAGGACAGUCUGACCAAAGCUCAGUUGUAUGGUACACUGCUGAACUGAUUAAGGCCCCUAAUUUGUCAAUUUCUCUUUCCCUGCUCUAGUAUAGUUGUAUAUCGUGGAGCUACUUCCCAUAGGGAGCUCUGCUCCUUGUGGUUUACCCUGCUGUGUACGUGCAGCCAAUCAACUGAAGCUUAAAUGUAUCCACUGCAGGUGUCCUAUAUAAGAGGGCUCAUUCUCCCAAAAACGUCAGCACAGGUUGAAAUCUGUAAAGAACAAUUUAGAAGCUUGAAGACUUGUUUGUGACUGGAGCACCUGCCACUCACUUCCUUGUUGAGAUGUCUAUCCCGCCAUCACGUGGGGCUUUCUCAGGGCCCAUGGCAGGAUGUUGCCAAUGGGGAACUGCAAAAACUGGUAUAUUUUUCUGAGAAGAGGUGUCCUUCUGAGGUCUUUAACAGAGACAGCUAAGCUGCAGAGACACCUCAUAUUCCCAUAAGAGCAGAUAUCCCCUGCCCCUGGAGCUACACCUCUUUCAGAGCUGUGCAGAUGCCCGUCUUGAUAGUGGCAUGGGACACACCGGGGACUGCUUUGCAAGCCCUCAGGAAUAUUCCAUUGGCCCUAACCUCUCUGUUUAGGAAAGGCAGAUGCGGAUGUUGUUUUCCAAGAGGAAGAGCCUCUUGACGAUGUAGCAGAGCUCCAGACUGCUACCAAGUGGUCGCAUUUUGAGACCGUGCAAGUAUUUUUACAACUACUUGUUAGUUGUGUUGUCUUAGUUUUUUUAAUAUCAUGUUGAAAAAACGAGGGAGCGUGCCUGACAGAGGUGGCCAAUGUGUGAGGAGGGAGAGUCUGUGAGUGAUUAGUCAAUUAAGUGUGUAACAUCAUGUACACUUGUGUGUCUUGCUUUCAUGGAGUCACACUCAUUGUCCGUAAAAGUCAACCGUGGCAAUUAAAAUGUGACUAUGUGAACUAAAAUAAAACAGCCCAUUGUAGUUUCUUACACCAUAGCAUUUAUCAGUAAUACAGUUGAAAUUGGAAAGAUUUGUGUUGCAGGUCUAUUUAAGGUUUGCGCCCCUAAAUGUUCUACCUGCCCCUAAAAUGUUCAGUUAGGGCUACAGUGCCCCUUGUUAAAAAAGAGUUUGUCUGGAGCCCUGUGUAGUCUUUCUCAACUGUCAGAAGACUCUCAGAUUAUUCUCUUUGUGUGGCUACAGAAACUACAAGGCCAACUGCCAGCAUAGGCUCCCUUGGAUCUUCCCUGGCUGAAAGCCUCUGAGGCAAGCACCAAGAAGAGAGAGGCAUGCUGGCAGUGUGGAUCUAGAACUAGGAUCUCUCAUUCAUUUUAUGUUUGUUACUAAAUGAACAAAACAAUGGUGACUAUUCAGUGUCCGGCAUUGCACUUGUGACUGCUGUUUCAUCCCAGAGGGUUGAUAUUUAGCAUCUCAAUAGUGUUGGUUCAGAGCGCGAUGUCUUGACCACGAGCAGCACCGGACCAUCAAGCUCCCUUUGAGCCAACCCUGCCACCAAUUGCCGUACAACGGUGGUUGGUGUCAGCUGAGCAUUCAGUACUUAUUACUGUCACGAUGUUACAUUGUUCUUCUUUCCUAAUGUUUGGUGGCCUGGUAGGUUAGUUUUAGUGCGUGAGGUCUCUGGAUCGGGCAUAACUAAACUAUAAAGCACUGCGCAUUUAGCAGUCUGGCCCAGCUAAAAGGCAUCUGACGGUGCCCCCGGUAAGGGCGGCCCAGUCCCGACCUCCAGCCCCAGCUUGGAGAGGUAUGCAACAACUUCAAAGUGUUUAUAUGACACGAAUGUUGUCAGCUUCCAUAUGUAGAAAUGCCGGUACGUAGCAACUUGACAGUGUUGAUUCUACACCAAUGUCACCAGGAUCUGCAUCUGACAAUGCUGGCCAUCAGCGACUCAAUGGUGUUGGUGUAACAACUGAGUCUGCCACGUACACAUCUAAAAAUGCCGGCACAAAGCGGUUUGUGACACGAGAGUUGCUAGCGUCUGCCAGCACGCAGCACUUUGCUGCGUCUAUAUGAGUCUUGGUAUACCUCAACAAUCUGCUGGUUCUAGCCCAGUCUCCGGACAGGGCUUUCCAGAACAUGGUCUCACUGCUGAAUCCCAUCACCCAGUUGGAAUUCGCUGUCAACUGUAAAAAGAACAAACCGUGGCCAAAAUGUUUGCCUGUUUAGGCAUACAACUGAACACUGUAGACAAGAGAGAGCCUUUCAGCACCACAGAGGGAGGCACUAGCCUAGGCUCUCCAUGCAUUGAGAGUCUCACACACAGUCACCGCUCUGUCGGUGAUGUCCCUGCUGUGGAUGAUGAUUGCAGUAACUCUACUCUCAACCUACGCUGUUGUUGAAGUGCAAAAGUGAGAGGGGUACAAUGACACGGCACAUACCCUGUAUUUUGAGUUGUAAACAUGGGAGGCGUACCUCUGGAUGCCCUAAUGAGAUUCAGCAUUGUAGGACCUGGGGCCUGUUCCAAAAAGUGAGUUCACCGAAUAAGCCAGGCUUCAUGUCAGGGAAAGUAACUGACAUUAACCUGACUUUUUUGGUAAACUCGAUUUAUGGAACAUGUACUUGGUCGCGCUGGGAGUAUAUCUCGCCUCGCUAGUUCCACCUAAACCAAUAGGAGCAGAACUUCCCUGUGGGGCGGAGCUCCACAAUAUGGAACAAUGGUUCUAUGAGUGGAGCGGACGCCCAUAGGCCUGCUAGCCCAGCUUGCCUUAUUUUUCAAUAGUUUUAGAAGAAUGAGCAGCAGGCUGGUGCGCUCUUAUAUAGGGCACCUGGGUUGGACACAUUUAAGCUUUGGUUGAUUUACUGCAUGUACGAAAAGGGAUAAACCACUAUAGACCACAUAUAACUGGAGUAAUUGUUGCUUGGGGAAGAGCUUGCCAACCUCAUGUACAGUGUGAUGGGAAUCAGAGCAUGAUGGAGUGUACAGGUGGGAGAUUUGAAGUUAGCAUCCAGAACAGAACAACUGGCAUGAAUGAAUAUGAUUGUUUUAAUUAGUUUGAGGCGUUGAUUGCCAAAUUCAUAACUGAAGAAAACUGUGAGGUUGAUGUACUUAGUACAAAUGUGAAUGCAGUUAAAGGUAGUCUUCAAAUAUUGACACCUUUUUAAUCAGAAUAAUAACCCUAUUAGGAUUACUGAUAAUUUUUUAUAAAAACACCAGUGAUAUAAUUUGUUUGUAGCAUUUCGCUAAAUAUUUUUAUCUGAUCAUUCAUUAAUACUAAGAUUUAUUGAGAUGGACUUUGUACAUUUCAGUAAAUGUCAUGAGAACAGCUUUCAACAUGCAUAGUAAGAAAAUAAUACACUGAAAAUAUUUUUUGUUUUCUUUUUCUAGGCUGAAACUGUGCAGGAUUGGAUGUGCAAGUAAGAAAGCAGAGGCAGUGAAUUGUCCUAAAAUGAUAGUGUUUUUUGUUGUUGCACUUAUUAUAGUACUGCUUAAAUACUUUCACUACAAUAAUAUAUGCUUGAUGUGUAGGCUUAUGUUAUUCAUUAAUUGUUUUAACAUGUCCAAUGAGAUGUCUCAUCGGAUUACAUUAUUUCUGAAUUUCCACUGAAAGGUUUUCCUGUCUCCUCCUACCUCAGAUUUGGAUGCCAACUUGUCACCCUCUUUGACUUAAUGAUGUAUGUUUCUAUAUUUUAGUUGUUUCCUUUACCUAAUAAAGUACAAAAAAUUCCAAAACUAUUUGAAAUGUUCUGGGAAGGAUGCAUUUUCUUUGGGUGCACGUGUGUGUCAGGAAACUGGAAAUAUAAGAUUGUUGAGGUAAAACUGAAUG